GGAUUUGUCAAAAAAAAAUGUCAAAAAUCAAAACAACAAACAUGUGAUGUGGUUGUGAUUGUAAUUUUACGAAGAAAUGCAAGAAAAUACAUCCUUACCUAUCACAGAAGAUAGGUUUAUGAAGACAUUUAAAUACUUUAAGUCUAAUAAGCCUAAACCGUCUCUGAAAGAUGUUAUUACAGCGGAAAAGUGUUCAGAUCAUCAGGUUAUAAAUAUUACUGCAAAUACUGUUAUUGAAGAUCCAAGAGCUGAAUUGUUGGGGUUAAAGAACUUGAGAGAAUGGCAAGUGUUUACUUUGAAAAAGCAUCCAGGUUUACUAUUUAUCAGAAAUCCAUUUACAGCCUUAGGCCAAAGAUAUUGGAUAAGAAAAUGUUUAGAAGAAUACCCCAAGAAACCUAACAAACUGAACAUUGAUAUAGAAAUUACUUUGGAAGAUUGGUGGAGAGAAUGUUUUAGGAACGGAGAGUGUGAAAAACAAUUACAAAAGAAACUUAGAUGGACAACAUUAGGUUAUCACCACAACUGGGAUACAAAAGUUUACACUGAGAGCAACAAGUCCAAGUUUCCUGAGGAUUUGGCAGAAUUAUCAGAUGUGCUGGCAAAAUAUCUGGGUUAUUCAGACUUCACCGCUGAGGCGGCCAUUGUAAAUUAUUACCACAUGAACUCCACGUUGUCUGCCCAUACUGAUCAUUCGGAAGUCAAUUUGAAAGCACCGUUGUUUUCCUUCAGCUUUGGCCAGUCAGCAAUAUUUCUAAUAGGAGGCAGAGACAAGUCAGUAGAACCUUCAGCACUCCUUAUUAACAGUGGGGACAUAGUGGUGAUGUCAAAAGAGGCUCGUCUCUGCUACCAUGCUGUACCAAAAAUAUUACCUGCCGUAGAUUCACCAUGGGAUGUAUUAGAUACAGAAAUAAUUAUGCCUGAUAGUAAAAAUAUUAAUUUUAAGUAUAUUUCACAAUCAGAAGAUAUCAUGUUAAGUAUGAAAGAAAAUAUUGACAAUAAGUGGCAUAGAUUUAAAGACUACAUCAAAGAAUCAAGAAUAAAUAUGAAUGUACGACAAGUACUAAAUGAAAACCAGACCAGUAUAUUAAUGCAAUAAUUUUUAUUAUGAUGUAAAUAAAAGAUAUACAGUUUUUA